AAAUCUCCUGAUCGCAAUCAAUCGAAUUAUACUACUGUUUACAGAGUUUCUGGGGGCUAUGCCAUAUACUACUCGCCCACAAGCAGCAAAGAAACCUGGAGAACUGGAGACACUUUCCUCCGUUGCGAACAGACGGAGCUAAUGGGAACGCCAAUGUGUUUCGAUUGUCUGCAGAAGCAAAUCAGAGAGGACCUAUCGGAGCAGCUCAUCUUUUGCUAUGGCCUCUCCGAUUCGCAUCUACCCUUUGGGUCCGGUGCCGUCGUUAGGCUCGCAAGUUCAGGCACAGAAUCAUCACCUGAGUUUGUAGUCAAAUAUGUGCCGUACCAAAACGGCAAUUGCUUGGCCAAAUUCAUUGAUGAGCAUUGUCCGCAAGAUCUUGAAUUGGGCAAGCACAAUGCAAUCCCCAUAGAAAAAGAUAUAGAUCAAGCAGAGGUUAGAAUUGGACUUGCUGCUGACAAAUCAGCUUCAUCAGAUAAUAACACAUCAAAUGAAAUCCAGGGUAUGUUGAAAGGUUGCGGAAAUACAUCCCUGUAUGGAUUAGAGUGUGAAAAGUUCCCCUGCAAAUUUUCUGGUAGGUUUUCUUGUUUCAGGAUACUCACUGCCCUGGUUCCAAGUGCUCGCAUUUGUGUUCCUUCCUACACAUUGUUUGAAGAUAUUGUUUCCCACUUCUUGUCUGGGUCUCUUGAAGACCAUAUUUUGUGUUCUCUUACUCGUUUGAUAGACGGUAAAGCUACUGGACGAGAUUGUGUGAACUUUCUUAGUCUUCUUGGGAUACCUUCAUUCAGUGAGAGUACGUUUCCUGGUUGCCUAAGGCAUCCCAACUUGUCACCAGUUUUGGGACUACUAAGGACAUCAAGUCAUAUAAGUUUAGUGCUUCCAAAAACUAGUCAUUCCUUGGAAAAUGCCAUAAAUUACAGCCCUGGCGCUUUCAAAUCUGAUUGGCAUAAAUUUUUUUUGAUCUACCAAUUACUUUCUGCACUCUCUUACAUGCAUGGUUUAGGGGUUGCCCACGGCAAUCUCUCUCCAUCUUGCAUAUCGUUGUCUGACUUUUCAUGGUGCUGGCUGCAAAUCGCGGAUGAAUUUCUCUUAAAUUCUUCUUCAAGCUCAACAGUUGAGACAUGCACAUCCAUUUCAAAUAGCUGUCGUGACUUAUGCUUUUCACGUGGACUUCAUGCUGAUUUGAGGCUUUCCCAUUAUAAAGAUUGGCAUUCAAGCUUCUAUAGAUGGUGGAAGGGUGAACUUAGUAACUUUGAGUAUCUCUUACUCUUGAACAGAUUAGCUGGGAGAAGAUGGGGUGAUCGUGCAUUUUAUACUGUCAUGCCAUGGGUACUUGAUUUCAGUGUAGAACCAGAUGAGAAUAAUGAUGCUGGGUGGCGAGAUCUGAGUAAGAGUAAGUGGCGGCUCGCAAAGGGUGACGAACAGUUGGACUUCACAUAUUCAACAUCUGAAACCCCACACCACGUGUCAGAUGAGUGCUUGUCUGAACUGGCUGUCUGCAGUUAUAAGGCAAGGAGAUUACCUUUACGUGUUCUGCGAAUGGCUGUUCGCUCAGUUUAUGAACCAAAUGAGUAUCCUUCAAACAUGCAAAGACUUUUUCAAUGGACACCUGAUGAGUGCAUUCCAGAAUUUUACUGUGAUCCACAAAUCUUUCAUUCCAUUCAUCCUGGUAUGUCUGAUUUGGCAGUACCUUCGUGGGCAGGUACUCCUGAGAAUUUCAUCAAGUUGCACAGGAAUGCUUUAGAAAGUAAUAGAGUUUCACGCCAAAUUCACAAUUGGAUUGAUAUUACCUUUGGCUACAAAAUGUCUGGCUCAGCUGCUGUAGCAGCUAAGAAUGUGAUGUUACCUGCAUCAACACACACAAUACCAAGGUCAAUGGGGCGACGCCAACUUUUUUCCCGACCACAUCCUCACCGACUUGUUGAUAACAUACGAACUUGUGACCUGACAUGUGGUUCAAAUAUGCGCGAGAAGCCUGUAAGUGAUGUGGCAGGAGGAGCUUCAUUUUUGCAAGAACUGGAGGAUAUGGCUUCAUUCAGUGAGCAUGCAAGGGUGUUAAGCCCCCUCUAUUACCCACAUUUAAAUGAUGCUAUAGAAACUGACUGCUCCGUACUGAAGCACUCAACUGAGAGUGCAUCAUACAUGAAGUCCAGGCCAGAUGACCAUACUAGCAAAUUCAUCAUGCCUCAAAUUACUGAUAUCAAUUACCUUCUUAAGAAAAUUGAAGUUGGUGAUGACACAUCUGUGGGAUACCAAGAGUUACUGCUAUGGAGACAAAAAUCUACUUGUUCAAAUACUACCAAGGACGCGUCAGAUGACAUAUUUGCAGUUGGAUGCAUCUUAGCAGAACUGCACCUGAGAAGACCACUCUUUGAUCCAACCUCAUUGGGUGCGUACUUGGAGAGUGGUUGCUUUCCUAUGCUGAUGCAGGAACUCCCCCCUGAAACUCGUGUAUUUAUUGAAGCUUGUAUUCAAAAGGAAUGGAGGAGGAGACCUUCUGCAAAGUGUCUUUUGGAAUCUCCAUAUUUCCCCCCAACUAUCAUGGCCUCCUACAUGUUUCUUGCACCCCUUCAGCUUCUAGCAACAGAUGAAUCACGUCUGUGUUAUGCAUCAACUUUCGCAAUACAUGGAUCCUUUAAAGAAAUGGGGCCUUUUGCUUCUGAAAUGUGUGCUCCCAACUGUUUGAAGUUACUGCUGAAUCCUUUAACAGACGAAGGAGCUGAAUGGGGUUAUAUAAUACUCACUGAACUUUUGAGGUGUCUGGACCCAAUAGCAAUAAAGAAGUUACUUAUACCUGCUAUCCAGAAGAUUCUACAGGCUGUCGGUCCUUCGCACUUGAAGAUUUCUAUUCUUCAAGGUUCAUUUGUGCAGGAAAUAUGGGACAGAAUUGGGAAGCAAGUAUAUUUGGAGAAGUUACAUCCUUUAGUAAUAUCAAACUUGUCCGGAAAUCCCCACAAGGCUUCUGCUGCAUCUGCCUCAGCUCUACUGAUAAGUUCUAGUGAAGAGCUCGGCGUACCAAUUACAGUUCAUCAGACCAUUAUGCCUCUCAUUAACUGUUUCGGCAAAGGAAUUUGUGAGAAUGGAACUGACGUUGUGGUUAGAAUUGGUUGUCUUAGUGGAGAAAAUUUUAUCGUCAAACAAAUUCUUCCAUUACUAAGGAACGUCAUCCAUUGUUGCAUUGAUAAUUCACAUGUGAAUAAGCCUGAACCAAUCCAGAGUUGGAGUGCUUUAGCUCUAAUGGAUUGCCUCACCACUUUAGAUGGUCUUAUUCCAUUUUUGGGAAAGGACACGAUUGUUAAAGAGCUCAUUGAAGAUGGGAAAUGCCUAUAUCUUCAGGUCCUCUUGCAGGGAAAUAUGUGUACUCAGGUGCUUGAGGUCACAUCAAGAAGCCUCAUUGCAGUUUCUCAACAAAUUGGACCACAUUUAACUGCAUUUCAUGUCCUUCCAACACUCAAAGAGUUAUUUGAUGACCUUGCUUUCUCCCAGAAGAAGAUAUAUUAUUCUGAAAGUGAGGGAGAAAAACUAAAAGGAGAAGACACUAAUAAGGGAAUCUACCUAGACAUUGUGUCGGUUCUGUAUCCAUCUUUUGCUUCUAUUGUGGGUAUUGAGAAACUCCGCCAAUGCUGUACUACAUGGUUGCUAAUAGAGCAGUCUCUUUUACGGAAUUAUAAUUGGAAGUGGGAAUCCGUCUUGGAGGCUGCUCGAAGUUGUGCAGAAAGUACAUAUGCGCGACAACCAACUAUUGGUGAUGUAACUGAUUACACCCCAGCUAAAGUUCUGCUUAAUGGGGCUGGGUGGUCAACACCGCAAUCACAAGGGCAUAGAAGUGUGAAAAACUUGGUUCCAAACAAAAUUUUGUCUCAUCAUCAUCACAGCUUUAGAGAGAGGCAUUCCAGGAGCUUUGAUUUUGGUACUCUUGAACCUUGGCAUUGGUUCCCUGGUCCAACGGCUAGCUCUUGGAGGCCCGAUCUAAGUGGCCGCCAUGGAAGCCCAAAAGAUGAAAUUCCAUGGAAAAUCAGAGCAUCAAUUCUCCAUUCUGUUCGAGCACAUCAUGGUGCGCUAAGAUCUAUAGCAGUUUGCCAAGAUGAGUGCAGUAUUUUCACAGCAGGAGUUGCUGCAGGUUUCAAAGGAACAGUUCAGAAGUGGGAGCUUUCGAGGGUGGAUCCUGUUUCUGGCUACUAUGGCCAUGAAGAGGUUGUGAAUGAUAUGUGUAUAUUGACGUCUUCCGGUAGAGUAGCUUCCUGUGAUGGGACUGUACAUGUUUGGAAUGGACAAACCGGGAAAUUGGCUUCCGUUUUUUCUGAAUUCUCACACUCAAAGGAUCUUAAAAGGCCUCCAUCAAAUGCGUCAAAGUCAAAUCUAGAUCAGGCAAACACUCUCCAUUUCAACCCAUUAUCAAGUGGAAUAUUAAACACUGCCUUUGAUGGUAGUUUGUACUCCAGUAUGCAUUACAUGGAAUUACUUAAUAUUCUUGCGGUGGGUACCGGGAAUGGUUCUCUUCGAUUCAUUGAUGUCAGCCAAGGUCAAAAGCUUCACCUUUGGAGAAGUGAGGCUAUUGAGUCCAACUUUCCUUCCCUGACUUCAUCCAUAUGUGCAUGUGGUUCUAAUGAAAGUCAAGUUGAUGGAACAACUAACUUUCCAUGCUGGAUUGCAGCAGGACAAAGUUCUGGUCAUUGUAGGUUGUUUGAUCUGAGGAGUGGUAAUAUUAUUGCCUCGUGGCAGGCCCAUGAUGGAUUUGUGACAAAGUUAGCUUCACCAGAGGCACAUUUACUUGUUUCAAGCUCCCUUGACCGGACCUUAAAAAUUUGGGAUUUGAGAAGGAAUUGCACAUCAACACCUUUGAUUUUUAGAGGUCAUACUGAUGGUAUAUCCAAUUUCUCAAUUUGGGGACACGAUGUGAUCUCAAUAUCCAGAAAUAGGAUUGGGCUAUCUUCUUUAGCCAACUUUGCAGUUGAAGAUGAGAGACAUGCAAUUAGUCCUCAGUAUCUAUACAUGGGAGAUGGGGAAUCUAGAAGCAUGUCUGUGUUGUCGAGCAUAAGCAUUCUGCCCUUCUCCCGGCUCUUUAUGGUGGGUACAGAAGAUGGU